GCCGAUGGCGGGCUGCAUAGUACAGUAUGGCGGCAACUGGGUAAUAUUGUUACUCUUUAGAUCGGCAGCGAAUGGGUUAAUUUGCAUUACAGCCGUGAGUAAAAUCUCGACCAAACUCCGAGAAAUGGGUGACAGACUGGUGGCUACCAACGAAGACAUUCAGAAGAGCCUGACGCAGAGCAACACCAUGACUGAACGCGCAUACAACGACAUCACUAUGAGCUACGAAACAUUGCGGACUGAGGUUCAGUUGCUAUCGAAGAGCGAGCAAGUUAUCCUGGAUACGGCCGACAAUGUGGUGGCGACGCGCAAGCGCAUCGAGUACGGCGUGCACCAGAUACUUGUGGAGGUCGGGGACCUCAUCAAGGUGCAACAAAUUCACAUGAAUAGAACUGUUAGCGACAAAUUGGACAGCAUCGAGUCAGCUAUAACCAAGAACCAAACGAAUGCGCUGAACGCCUUGAAUGCUCACAUCGCAGCGGAGAUGUCACAGGUGUGGCGGCAGAUCGGUAUCAUGCAUUCACAGAUCAUGAUGAGCCAGAAUGCAUUGCACAAUCUCUCAGAAACAUCCGAGCAAUACAUUAACAGCAGUACGACAACCAUGGACACAGUAAAGAAGGAAGUCGACGGCAUUACGACACGCAUCGUAGAGUUAGGUGAAAACCUUAACUAUGUGCUCGGCAAGCUGUCGCUGUCUACACAAGAGUUCCGGCAAAUGGCCAUCAGCUUGACGAAGGCUUUAGACAGCGCUAAGAAGAUUAGCAGCACUGUGCCCACUUUGGCUGAGGAUGCUGGCCCCGGACCUCACAAGAUUGAAAGUGAUGAAAAAACAACAUAAUUAUUAAGCAACUGAUACCAAAUAACAUAGAGAUAGUUAAUAACAAUUAAACAUAAGUUUUUACCGCAUAGACUAUUAAUCGUAAGUCGACUGACGUGAGGUGUUUUGUAUGAAAAUAAAACUCGUAUGAUAUUAACUUUUGCAAAUAUUUAAUCUCUUUCAUAAUUGUGGAUCUAUAUAUUUAUAUUGUACAAGUUAUAUGAUACAAUCAAAUUUUUUUCGUGACAGAUAUCCCAACGUCAUAUACAAGUGAGCGCAAAAAACCAACAAUAUACAACUGACAAAGAUCCUCUAAGAAAAACGUGAAUCAAUCAACUGUACAAUCAUAAUAUUGAUAUAAUAACUUUUACUGAUCUUAAAUAAUAUACAUACAAAUUAUUUGUCUUUC